AACCAAUCAAACCAUACCAUUUUUCACUAUUAUUAUUAUUAUUUUUUCUGUUUUUGCUUUGUGCUUUGCUUCAUGCGCCUUCGUCUCCUGUGACUUAUCAUUGUCUCAAACACGCCUUCCUCCAGAGAAGCUCCUUGCCUCCUUCUCUCUCUUCCUCUAAGCUCUGAGAUUUUGGACCCAAUCCAAGAUGGCAGAGCAGAAGAAACCUCAAGCUACUGGUGUUUGGCCCACCAUUAAGCCCUUUGUCAAUGGUGGCGCUUCUGGGAUGCUUGCCACCUGCGUUAUUCAGCCUGUCGAUAUGAUCAAGGUGAGAAUUCAACUGGGUCAGGGAUCUGCAGCUAUUGUGACUAAGAACAUGCUUAAAAAUGAGGGUGUAGCUGCCUUUUACAAGGGGCUCUCUGCUGGACUGCUGAGGCAAGCUACAUAUACCACUGCCCGUCUCGGUUCAUUUAAGAUUUUGACCAACAAAGCAAUUGAAGCCAAUGAUGGGAAGCCUCUACCUUUGUAUCAGAAGGCCUUGUGCGGGCUUACUGCUGGUGCUAUUGGUGCAACUGUUGGUAGUCCCUCAGAUUUGGCACUGAUCCGUAUGCAGGCUGAUGCCACUCUGCCUGCUGCCCAACGCAGAAAUUAUACCAAUGCUUUCCAUGCCCUCUAUCGUAUUACUGCAGAUGAGGGGGUUUUGGCACUCUGGAAAGGUGCAGGUCCAACUGUUGUGAGAGCAAUGGCAUUGAACAUGGGCAUGCUUGCCUCUUAUGAGCAGAGUGCUGAGUUUUUCAGGGAUUCUUGUGGCUUGGGUGAAGCAUCUACAGUUUUAGCGGCAAGUUCUGUAUCAGGGUUUUUUGCCUCAGCUUGCAGUUUGCCCUUUGAUUAUGUCAAAACCCAAAUCCAGAAAAUGCAACCUGAUGCUCAGGGAAAGUAUCCCUACACUGGCUCUUUGGACUGUGCUAUGAAAACUCUCAAGGCCGGAGGACCAUUCAAGUUUUACACUGGUUUCCCUGUAUAUUGUGUUAGAAUUGCCCCACAUGUCAUGAUGACAUGGAUAUUCCUCAACCAGAUCCAAAAGCUCGAGAAGUCUGUUGGGUUAUAGUUUUGUGAUGCUGGCUGACAUUUUCGACCGAAGUCUUAAAUAAAAAGACAUUUUGUUUGUAACUUUGGCGGGUUUUGGCACUUGAACGCCUGUAAGAACCAAACCAUUUGUUUCAAAAUUUUUACAGCACAAUUGAUGUAGGAAUUAAAAAAGUUGUCAUUAUUGACCAGAAAUUUUGUGUUACAAAAAUAGGAUAUUUUUCAACUAGAGAGAGUUACUCUUUGAAACAGUGCGAGAAAAAUAAGAUUUGUACUCUAUAAACAGGCAUAUUUUUGCUGAGUUUUGCAAUAGGCACCAAUGGAUUUUCAGA